AUGUCAAAACUCAUAGUGAUAAUCGGCAUAACCGGCGUCCAAGGCGGAUCCGUCGCCUCCCACUUCUCCACCCUCCCCGACUGGACCAUCCGCGGCAUAACCCGCUCCCCCACCUCCCCCACCGCAUGCUCCCUCACAACCCGCGGAAUCCCCCUCAUGACCGCCAACCUCAAUGACCCCAGCUCCCUCACCCUCGCCUUCGCCGGCGCCCAUACCAUCUUCAGCACCACCGAUUUCUACACGCCCUUAUACGAUCCCCACACGCGGGCCCUGCUCAAAGACGGCCAAAGCAUCAACGAAUAUUGCUAUGAGCAGGAGCUCACGCAGGGGAAGAAUGUAGCCGAUGCUGCGGCGACGACAGAGGGGCUGCAGAGAUUAGUGGUAAGUAGUUUGUGUGAUGCGAGCGAGUGGAGUGGGGGGCUGUAUACGGGAGUGUUUCAUUUCGAUGCGAAAGCGCGCGCGGUAAGGUACGUGAGGGAUGUGUAUCCGGAAUUGGCGGCGAAGAUGAGCGUGGUGCAAGUGGGGAAUUAUUUGAGCAACUGGCAGGGGAAUCUGGGGAUUUGGAAGGGACAAGAUGGAGCUGUUUAUUUAAGCGUGAUUCAAGGAACAGGAACACAGGAACGGCCUCAAACCAACGUACCACAGGACCUAGGCCGUAUCGUGCACGCAGCUCUACAAGUUGCACCGGGCAAGAACAUCCUCGCCGCUAGUUUCUGCAUGUCCUGGACCGAACAAUUCGCGAGCUGGUGCGCGCUGAACGGGUUGAAGCAUGGUGGAUUGCACGAAAUUACACUGGAGCAGUUUGAGAAAUUCAUCCCUAUCCCUGGUCUCGGUCGGGAGAUUGGGGAGAUGAUGCUUUUUGCAAGAGAUUUUGGGUAUGAUGGCGGUGAUCCUAGCGUUGUGCUGCCUGGCGAUCUUGGUGUUGACUGUCCGCUGACCAGCUGGGAAGAGUAUGUUAAGAGUGAAGAUUGGUCGGAGGUGCUUGAGAAGCUGAAGUGA